AUGGAGGGAGGCGGGGGCGUCGACGCCGCCGGCGGUGGCGUGCACACGUGGAGGCUCGCGCACGUCUGCGCGUUCGCCUUCCUGCUGCACCUCAAGCCGUCCGAACCCCACAUCGUGCCGUACCUCACGGACGUCAAGGGUUUCACCAACGAGUCCGUCGCCAACGACAUCUUCCCCGUCUCCAUCUACGCCUCGCUCGUCUUCUACCUCGUCGCCGGUCCCGUCUCGAGGCGGAUCGGACUGAAGACGUUCGUGCUCUUGGGGGCGACGUGCAAGCUGUGGACGCGGAUCCUGCUGGUGUGGGGCACGUCGCUGGGCGCCAUGCAGUCCACGCAGGUGCUGUUCGCCGCGGGAAGCUCCGCGGACGCCAUCCUGCUCGCGUACGCCUACGCCGUCGCGCGCAAAGACGACGGCGACGCGCAUCCAACGCCAACGUCAAUGCCAAAUCCAAAUCCCCCGUCGGCGCGGCCCGGCGGACGGUACCGAACUGUCACCGCCGCGAUCAGCGCGUCGCACCUCGGGUCGUACACCCUCGCCGCGCUCUUCGGCCAGAUCGCGUACGAGUCCGGGGCGUCGUACGCGUCCCUGUUCCGGUUCUCACUCGGCUCCGUCGCGGCUGGGUGCGUCCUCGGGUGCUUCCUCCCGAGCGCGCCAUUCGACCGAGGCCCGGGCCUGCUCCUGUACACCGCUCGACCGACGCGGACGACGUACGCGCCGCGACCGACGAGGACGCUCCGGGAAGAGCUUCACGCGCUCGCGAAGGCGACGCGAGACGCGUUCGACGCGACGACGUCGGCGUGCUACGGCAGCGGCGUCAUGAUCGUGCUGAGCGCGUGGUGGGUCCUCUCCGCGGCGCCCGCUUCGUUCCUCGAGUGGUACGGCACCAACCUCUUCGACGUCAUCGACGGCGACGCGGACGUCAACGGGUACGUCGUGUUUUUCGCGCGUUUGGCGAUGACGGCGGCGGCGUGGGCGGGCGGGAGCGAGUGGGUUGGGGGCCGGGACACGGCUGGCCCGUCUGACCCGUGGUUUUACGCUGGGACGAGUGCGUUUGUCGGCGUUUGCGCGUUCGCGAUGAGCGCUUCGAACGUCGUCGCCGUCGCCGCGGGGUUUUACUGCGCGGCGCUCGCGGCGUCGCAGGGCGGGGCGGUGGUGGUGUACGCACAGGCGGCGCUGGCGAUGGACGCGCUGGCGGCGUCGAGGGAACGCGCGAAGGGUUCGUCGGGGUUGGCGGAGGAAGGCGGCGGCGGCGGGGGCGGCGGGGACGGUUUGGGCGGAGGGUCUUCGGCUCCGGCGUCCUCCCCGGACCACGCGCUGCUCUUCGGGGCGAACGGGUUCCUGGGGGUGUGCGCGCUGGUGCUGCUGCAGGCGUUCGUGGACGCCGCGCGCGUGGGUAUACGCGCGGAGAUUGCCGCGGCGGGUUGGGCGUGUGUCUUCGCCUCGGGCGCGACGGUUACGCUGGCGGCGGCGAGGGCGAGGGCGUUCGGGCUGGGCGGGUGGGCGCUGGAGCCGACGGGCGCGGACCUCGGGGCGGGCGAGGCGCUGAUGGCGGCGGACGACGAGGACGACGAGGACGUGGGGGCGAUGGCGGAGGCGGACGCGAGCGGGCUGCUCGGGAGGAACGCUUAG